GUGAUUGAACGUGAUUGAGUCUAAACGAUCAUGGUUCCACGCACUCAGUGUCAGUGUCACUCUUCGAAGCGACACACCAUCCGUUAAAUCUUUCAGUGUUAUAGAGCAAAAAACUCAGUAUUUUAUCUUGCUCAAUAGCUCACGUAUAAAGCGGAAGUAACAAGCAAAUGACAAGAGGGCUCUUGGCAAAUUAAAAAAAAACCAAAAAUGUCACUAACGAAACUUCUCCCACUGGUCGGUAAAAUUAUGCAAAGAAGACCGUUGUUGUUCAAUUCGGUGGUGUACGGUUUCUUCUGCACCAGCGCCGAGUUCAUUCGACAAAAUUACAACAGAAAGGUAAUCACAACGUCAAAGCCGGUUGUGAUAGAAUCCAAACAAACUUCCAAAGUUGAUACCAAAGGUCCCGUGUUACUUGGGAUACAGAGACUUUGUGAGACAUUGGAUAUUGUGGAUAAAGAUAAUUCGAUUCAAUCGACGGAUAGUUACAAUUGGCCGCAGUUGAAAAGAUACGCGAUUUACGGCUGUUUCUUGGCCGGGCCGAUAUUACAUGGAUGGUACAAAUGGCUCGAUUCGUUUUACAACGGAACAUCCGUAAGAAUCAUUUUGACAAAGCUCUUUGCCGACCAGUUUCUCCUGACACCACCUUUACUCGUCGUGUUCUUUACCAGUAUGAGUUUGAUGGAAGCCAAAUCGGAUAUCUUCGAAGAAUGUAGAAUCAAGUUUCUUCACACGUUUCAGACCUCGUGCGGAUAUUGGCUACCGGUGCAACUAAUAAAUUUUAUGCUAGUUCCGCCGUCUUUGCGAGUAGUUUACGUCAGUGUUGCUGUCUUUAUUUGGAUUAAUAUUCUCUGCUAUCUAAAAAGCGCUCCCGUUGUUGAACACGCAAACAAAACGUGAAAAAUUAAACUUUACUACAUAUAUCAUAUAUAUAUAUAUAUGUAUAUAUAUACGAUUUUAUUCAAGGAAAUAUAUUGUCGGGGAAUAAAAUAUAAAUUUUAUUUUAGUUUUCUCUUUUUUGAAGGAAAAAAAUAAUAAGAAAACUUGG